GAGGCCACGCUGGUUCUUUCGGAGGUCACAUCUGGUGGUUUUGGAAGUCAUGGAGGCAUCUCCGGAGGACAUGGUGACAGUUUUGGAGGUCAUGGCAGCAGCCUUGGUGGUCACAGCAACUCCCUUGGAGGCUUCGGCGGCGGCUCCUUUGGAGGACACGAUAGUUCCUUCGGAGGUCACGGUGGAUCCCUUGGCGGUCACGGUGGAUCCAUUGGAAGCAAAGGUGGCUCCUUUGGAGGACACGAUAGUUCCUUCGGAGGUCACGGUGGAUCCCUUGGAGGUAAAGGUGGCUCCUUCGGAGGACACGAUAGUUCCUUUGGAGGUCACAGUGGAUCCCUUGGAGGUCACGGUGGGUCCCUUGGAAGCAAAGGUGGCUCCUUUGGAGGUCACAGCAGUUCCUUUGGAAGUCACGGUGGUGCCAUUGGAGGCCACAGUGGAUCCCUCGGAGGUCACGGUGGAUCCCUUGGAGGUCACGGUGGAGCCAUUGGAGGUCACGGUGGAGCCAUUGGAGGUCACGGUGGAUCCCUUGGUGGUCACGGUGGCUCCUUUGGAGGACACAGUGGUUCCUUUGGAGGACACGGAGGUUCCGUAGGAAGUCUUGGCGGUUCCUUUGGAAGCCACGGAAGCGGCAUAAGCCAUGGUUCCUCCUUCGGUGGAGCAGGAAGCAAAGGACACGGUGGAUCUAUUUCAAGAGGAUAUGGUGUCCCCUCAUUCUAAAACGCCAGUAUCUCAUAUACAUAUACACAGAGAACUUUGCUAAAUUCCUAAGUAUGAUUAGUUGCAUGAUAUUUAGCUGUAAUGUAAAUGAAUAAAUUAUUUUCGGUAUA